UUCUACUACAACUACUAUUACUACUACACUUCGUGCUGCUGUAUGUUCUCGCUGCUCGAUCGAUAUGGAUUUGAGAUUCUAUGACGUUUUUUGCGCUCCCUUCACCUGUGCAUGUAGCGUCGCCAGUCUGCCAGAUUCAGCCCAGCGUGAAAGCAAAAAUUGGGAGUGGAGGUACGGCUAACCGUACUACUACUUAGCGCAUCAUCGACCGAGACAGCGCGCGCAUCAGGAAUCGGCCUUGCUCGCGCGUCCCCACAUUGCGAACGAAAAGAAGAACAAGGGCGAGACACAAGGGCGAACCACGCUCCAAGCAAAACAAACAGUCAGCAGCUAGCUAGCCACACACCACCUUGACCCCUUCAUCUCCAUCAAACAUGUCUGGCCCGCCCAAGAAGCCGCACAACCUGCCGCCGUUGUCCAAGGACGCCUUUGCGCCCUCGCCCGACCAGGGCAGCACGGCCAACAACCGGCCAUCGCUCGUCCGCCUCGUCGUCUCGGGCAGCGCAGGUCCAAAGGCCGUCGAUGCGCUCGCACAGGGCUGGAAGAAGAAUGGCUUUGGCAGCGGAAAGAACGAGACACAGCUCUCGGGUAUCGUCUACGAGCUGGCCCGCGCAGACAAGCCCGAGCCGGCCCUCGAGGCAUUUGGCGUGUCAAACGAGGCACCCAACAACAUCCCACUCACCCUCGUGCACCCGCUGACGGUCGCAUCGGGCCAGCUACUCCCCCAGCUACCCGCCAAGGACACGGCGCCCCCGCACGCCUACAUCGCCUUUGCCCUGCCCACAAUCACGUCGGCGGCGUCGCUGGAGGGCGACAACGAGGCAAAGUGGCUGGCCUUUUUGCGCGAGGCAAGCGAACGCAACCUCACCCUCGAGCUCGCCCUGCCCGACCCGAGGACGACUUCGGGCAAGGGCACCGACGAGGAGGCAGAAAAGAUUCGCGAGGCUCUCGAGAGGGUUCUCGGAAAGGCCUGGGAUGAGGAGGUGGAGAGGAACAAGAAGGAGGGUGAAGAGAGCGGACCCAACACAAAGGGCCUCCGAAUCAUCCUCGACGCCCUUGCUGCCCCUCCCCUGUCCACCAACAGCUCGCAGCUGCUGCGCAGCCAGGACCUCCAGAACUGGUCCGACUUCAUCAGCGUAAGUCUGAAGACUCAAGUUUGAGAUAGGAGAGGAAUAUAUGCUCAACAAAAGCCCUUGCU